AUGACGUCACCGCCGAAUUUGUACCAUGAGAAGCAGAAACUACAGUACUGCCUCAUCCACACAGUAAAUAAUAUUCUGCAAAAAAAGGAGUUCGAUGCGACGAAAAUGGACGAGAUUUGCUAUGGGAUGAACGAGAGUAAAUGGUUCAAUCCGCAUAGAUCUUGGAUCGGUACCGGCAACUAUGACGCCAACAUUCUUAUAGCCGCCCUACAGAAGCACAACUUGAAGGUCGUCUGGUUUGACAAGCGUCUAGGUGUGGAGAAGAUCAAAUUCGAAAAAUUACGCGCCAUCGUUUUUAAUAUACCCUCCAGGACCCUGCUGACUCUCUACAGAGGCCGUCACUGGUUUGCGGUGGUCCAGAAAAACGAAAAAUUCUACAACUUGGACUCCAAACUGAGCGCGCCUACAGUAAUCGCGGAAAUUGCGAAUUUCACAAAAAACCACGUGGAUUCUGGAGAUUCAGAAGUGAUGUUGGUCGUGGAGCAGGAUGUGGACGAGGAUACUGUAGUCGAGAAAAUUUGA